CUUAACUACCUCGAAGCACCAGAAUACCCAGUCCAGUCAGUCAUUGAUAAAUACAAUCACCAAAAACGCCUCAACGUCUCUACUUCCCCCUCCCAUCCCUCCUCUUGGCCUGACUUCAAUACAACAACCGACAACCAACUACAAGAAAGAUCUUGGACAUACCUACACACCUUACCAUACCACCAAAACAAAACUUCACCAAAAGAAAAAAAAACCCCUUCUUGAGAGAAGAAAUAAACACAAUGCGCUCCCACCUCCUUCCUCUCCUCCUCGCCGCAACAGCAGCACCCACAACCACCCUCGCCUCUGGCAACCUCCCAAACAACAACAUGAACAUGAACAUGUACCCCCGCCAACCUCAAGACGUAUUUACGAUCCAGACCAACACUGACGCCAACAAUGGCUUGGUGCCCAUCACCACCACUACGACUACUGAAUCAACUUGGCACACGGUGCCUAGUACUACUACUACUGCUGCCGUUGUGGACACAGCUACGGUGACGGCUACGACGACAUCGACAACGUCGACAAGUACUGCUGGGGCUGCGAGGGUUACGGGGGUUACGGGGGUUACGGGGGUAGUGGGAGCGAUGGGAGCGGUGGGGGUUUUGGUUGUUGGAUUGGUGGGAGGUUUGUAAAUGAAUGUGGGGGAAAGAAAGGGAAGAGAGGGAGGGUGGGGUUGGUGAAGAUGGAAAGAGAAAAAUAGGAAGGAUGUUGUUUUUUAUGAUGCCUUUGAGAGAUGGUUUUGGGGGUUUGGCUUCACUAAUGCGACUGAUCGAUCGAAACAGUAUGAUUGAAAUAAUAAUAUAAAAAGUACAUGACUUGUAUACACAGCUGGAAGCAUUCUGCUUCUUUUGGAUGAUAUUCACAAUACUUGGCGUGUGAAUCUACAUACCGUAGGUGUACUAGCCGUCCUCAUGCACAUACGACAUCAUAUACAGGUUCUCAAACCAGAGACCCAAGCCAUCACAAAGGCACCCAUUCAUCAUAACCCUUCGCUAACCCUUUGUCAACCCUUUCCCAACCUGUUUCCAACAUGUACAAUAU